AUGGGCAAACGAUCACGCAAUGGACGAAGUGGAGGACGCGGUGGUGGCCGCGGCAGCAAAAAGUCCCGUGCUUACGGUGCCGUAGAUGACUGGCGCACUGAUAGAUUCGCCGAUUGGGUAUACGAGAAUGAAAACUUUGACGCGUACUACAAGUCGCAAAAUAUCAUGGCAGACACGGAGUGGGAUGCUUUCAAGAAGGCGCUAGCCACGCCGCUGCCAACAACCUUUCGCAUCAACAGCUCAUGUCCUUUUGCAGACCGCAUCCGCGAACACAUUGAGCAAGAUUUCAAGUUCGACGGACUGGUCGUGGACGAUAAGCCUGUGGAUCCCAUCAGCUCUUUGCCUUGGUAUCCUGAUAAUCGUGGCUUUACGUGGUCGGUGGAGCGCCGUCGUGUGCGCAAGCUACCUAUCUUAAAAGAGUUUCAGUCGUGGCUGAUAGAGCUCUCUAAUAGCGGUAGUAUCACACGACAAGAAGCCGUAAGCAUGAUUCCUCCUCUUGUUCUGGGUGUAGAGCCACAUCAUAAAGUGUUAGACAUGUGUGCUGCUCCUGGCUCAAAAACGUCACAGCUCCUUGAGUCGUUGCACUCGCAAGAUUUUGCAACAGGAAAAACUCCCACUGGAGUCGUGGUGGCCAACGAUGUGGAUAUCAAGCGUGCGUACAUGUUAGUGCACCAGUCAAAACGUAUGAGCUCGCCGGCUUUGCUUGUCACUUGUCACGAAGCUCAAAACAUUCCAUUUCUUGGCAAGGACGGUUUGGAGAGUGAAGGUGUGUUUGAUCGUAUUUUGUGCGAUGCUCCAUGCAGUGGUGACGGUACCUUACGUAAAAAUCCCUUGAUAUGGAAGACGUGGAGUGCCAAAAACGGGAUCGCGCUUCAUCCACUGCAGCUUCAAAUCGUCAAGCGUGGUGCAGCGCUCCUUAAAAUUGGUGGCAAGAUCUGCUACUCAACGUGCUCAUUUAAUCCGAUUGAGAAUGAAGCUGUAGUGGCUGAGCUGCUACGGUGGGGCAAGGGAUCGCUAGAGCUUGUGGAUGUUUCGAACACGCUGUCACGACUGAAGCGCCGAUCUGGCAUCAGCACGUGGAAAGUGAUGAACUCGCGACUGAAAGAAUAUUCGACUUAUGAGAGCUAUGUCGAAGAGAACAUAAAAGAAAAAAGUAAGGACAAGAUUCGUUUUACGAUGUUUCCACCAACGGAGAACGAAGCUCUUGAGUUUCAUUUGGAACGUUGCAUGCGCUGCUUGCCUCAGGAUGAAAACACGGGCGGGUUCUUUAUUUGUUUGCUCAAAAAGGUGGCAGCGACCCCAAAUGAUAAGGAGGAACUCAGACUCGACGUGGGCGAAAAUGCUCUUACAGAUCCGAAAAAGCUUGCCGAAGUAGAACUUAAUGAUGUUGCGACGUUGCCCACCGAAGUUACGGCCAGUGACAUCAAACCCCACAAUGAGGUGCGCGAAGUUGCUUUGAUAAAUGAGGUGAAUACACAUAAAAGCCGACGCUAUGAUCGCAUGAAGAAAAAUGGGGAAGUAUAUGUUUCCUUUAGAGCUGAAUAUGAGGCUCAUGUGCGCGAUUAUUACGAUAUUACUACUACUUUUUCAGCUGAGCAGCUGAUCACGCGCUCAGAAGAUGCAAAGUCUGUCACAUUUGUCACCGAAAGCAUCACGAUGGCUUUGCUGGAAGAAAUGAAGCGCAAGAAGAUGCAGGUUGUGUACGCUGGUUUGAAAAUGUUUGAGCGGAAUGAGACUACAGAGGGUGGAAAAGUGUACCGUGUUUGCCAAGCUGGUUUGCCGCAUAUUCUUCCCUUUAUGAACAAGUGUAAGGCAAUGGUAGGUACAAGAGACUUUCAGAUGAUGCUUGAGCGACUAGGCGACUUACUAGAUUUCGACGAGUUCGAGCCUGACACACGCGAGUAUCUGGAGAAUGCUCCUAUCGGUAGUGUCGUAUGCAUGCUUGAUCGUCCGGGCCAGUCCACCAUUGAGUCAAGAGUGAUGAAUCUGGUCGUGUGGCGUGGUCGUAACUCUGUUAAUGUGAUGGCUUCCAAGGCAGAUGUGGCUAUACUGUUGGGAACGAUGAAGGAGUUAAAGAUAUACAAUCUGACUAUUCACGAAGCAAUUAUAGAAGCCAAGAAAGUAAAGGACGCAGAGCGUGCUGCACGAGAUGUCGAUAAAGCUGUUGCGACGAAGGAGACACGGAAUGACGUCGUGAAGAUGAAUGAGGCUGACGCUGUGCCCACCGACCAUAUUGCUGCCUUGUCAGCGGACAUUGGAUCCAAAAUAGAUCCUUGUGUUGCGUGGUAUCCCAACGCAUUCCACUUGCCUCGCACAAUGGAACGAUUAUCGACAUCAUCUGUAAAAAUGCGCAAGUCGCCUGAUCAACUCGUCACUCCAACGUUUACAUGCGAGGUGUGCAAGAUAUCAGUGCGUUCGGCGCAAAAACUUAUUGACCACGUUAAUUUUUCACCAUUACAUCAAGCUUCCCUUGGCUUAAACAAAGGCUCGAAGGCUGGGAUUAAAUCUGCUGGGUGCGUGCGUCGAUUGCUAUAUGAUGGCUCCAAUCUGUUCUGGCGUGCCAACGAGACGCUGGAUGUGUGCAUUUACGAAGAUUUGGCUGUAAAUCGCAUCACCAUCCGAGCUUUUCAGCAAAAGCCACCACAAAAUAUGGAGACUGACGAUGUUAGCUCGUUGAAUUCUAUCCCACCUUUGGAAAUUGACCUACGGCGUCUACGUCAGGUACUGGGAAUUGAUGCAGCACCAAAAAAUUCCGGCUACCAUAGUAAAUCCUUUGGGCUUACAGCGAGCACGAUGCUAGGUUCAACGCUGACGAACCAGUCAAUUUGUGAUGCAUCACAAAAUCAUUCAAGCGAGCUGAUAACAGAGUAUCUUCUUGCUCGUCUACAGGCACGACGUGACUCUCUUGACCGAGUGCAUCUUUAUUUUAUACGAAACAAUGACGAUGAGCUGGAUCCAAAUGAUUUGUUAUUGAAAUCAGCAGAAACACCUAAAGCUCUGCCAAGUGACCUCACGAUUCGUCGCCGUCACACAAUCGAUGACGUCAAGGAAGCCCAGAAAGAAGUUUCGGUGGCCACAGUGCGGCUGAAACACGCACGCAUGAAAGCUGAAGAGCUGUCAAACUUAGCGCACACGACGUUGGAUAAUUAUUCAAGGCAUUUUGGCUCGGCUACUACUGCACAGCAAAUGUAUAAGUGA